AGAGAAGUGAUAACCCGUUUAGGCUAUACCUCUCCAAAAAGGUUGUCUCGUGAGGAUUUGGACUGCUCAUUUGGAGGCCUCGCGACUCAAUCUGUCAGGAUGCCUAAGGUCAAACAGCAGAAGCGCAAUAGCGCUUCGAAGGCCAGUCCCUAUGCCGAUGCGGCGGCGAAGACGAAGGCCGCCAACACCGUCUUCAAAAUGAAUACCGAUCUCGGUCAGCACAUUCUGAAAAACCCUGGCGUGGCUCAACGAAUUGUCGACAAAGCCGAGUUGAAACAGAGCGAUGUUGUUCUCGAAAUUGGUCCUGGUACCGGUAACUUGACCGUGAAGAUCCUCGAACAGGCAAAGAAAGUUAUCGCCGUGGAGCUCGACCCUCGAAUGGCUGCUGAAGUCACCAAGCGUGUUCAAGGCACACCUGCCCAGAAACGCUUAGACGUUAUCCUUGGAGACGUGAUCAAAACAGACCUUCCAUAUUUCGAUGUUUGCAUCAGCAACACGCCGUAUCAGAUCUCUUCUCCCCUCACAUUCAAACUUCUCGCGACGUCUCCGGCGCCCCGCAUUUGCGUUCUCAUGUUUCAACGAGAGUUUGCUCUAAGAUUGUUCGCUAAGCCAGGCGAUAAGCUCUACAGUCGACUCUCCGUCAAUGCUCAAAUGUGGGCUAAGAUCGACCACAUUAUGAAGGUGGGCAAGAACAAUUUCAAGCCCCCUCCGCUGGUCGAGUCGAGCGUUGUCCGUCUGGUACCUAAAAACCCCAGGCCCCAAAUCAACUAUGAUGAGUGGGACGGGCUUCUGAGAAUCCUAUUCGUCCGGAAGAACAAGACAAUCCGGUCAAGUUUCCUUGGCAAGUCCACAGUCAUGGAUAUGUUGGAAGCCAACUAUCGGACAUGGUGUGCGCAGAACGAUAUUCCAGUUGAGGAUGGGCCGGCGGAAGGCGCUGAGUCUGAUGCGAUGGACAUUGGCAACGCGCAAGACGAGGAAGAUGAUGAGGGUGAAGACGAGCCUGACGAGGGCAUGGACGUGGACGAUGAAGACGAUGUACCCGACUUCUUCAAGGAACAGACGAACGCGCGUAUUCAAGAGGCUCUUAAGAAUCGGCCUAGUCGUAAGAAGAAGGGAAAGGUAGCAGAGCUCGUCCGGGAGAAGGUACGGCAGGUGUUGGAAGAUGAAACACGCCUUGCCGACAAGCGUGCAAGGAUGUGCGAUGAAAACGACUUCCUGAAGUUAUUGUGGGCCUUCAACCAGAAGGGCUUCCAUUUCAGCUGAGGCUAGUAAGCCUGGGAAUCGGGGAUUACGUCUCCUUUUCGGAACGCCAUAUACUAAUGAAACAGGUGAUAUUAUUAAUGACUCAUGACUGUCGUCACUGCAGGUCAUCCUCUGGAGUUCGUUCUCCAGCCGGACGAAGAUGAGCCCUAGAGUCCUGGAAGAGACUUUGCCAGAUGAAUGCUUCGCUCAGCAAGAGUUCCACAUCUUUAUCCGUCCAAUCCUUUGUGGGAAGUGCUUGCAGAAACAUCAUUAUCUCCUAUUGUCGUUUAGCAUUGACUGUACGGUAUCCAGAACCUUUAAAAUUAUACCCACCUGGAAAUCCAUCUUCACCAGCUGGUCUGACCAUUUCACAAGGAAGGCUGCACAAACGUAUAGGUGAAACCUCGAGAAACC